AGCCCUUGAUCGUAUCACCACUUCACCUUGACUUGGCCCAACGAUCCUGAGCCAGUGAGUCGCCUUCAAGCUCAACGCAGCCGGCCCGACCUGCCAUACAAUGCCCUCUUUUGCCAGCUUGCUGCCCUCUACACCCAUCUUCGAAGACAUCCUCCUUCGUCGCCACGCAAACGUCCAGCCCGGCCAUCAGCACCAGCAGAGCACCUCUUGGCCUCGCUCCUCGUCUCGACGACAUCGCAGGGCAAGAACCUUCUCCUCCGCUGCCCCUCUUCUCUCUCAGCAUAUCGAGGCUACCAGCUCUCCAACCAAGCGCAUGCCUUGGCGCAUCGCCAGAAAGAGGAGGAAGACAGCUAAGAGUCGAUCGUCUCUACGCCACCGCUCCUCAUUUAGCUCGCCGCCGCGCUCACCACACGGGAACCACUCGACGUCACCGCUCCCAAUGUCGUCCCACGAGGUCACCAAGUCGCCCUUGGCCAAGCUAGGGAAGCGCGUUGCAAAGUGGCGCAGCCGUCGAGAGGCUCUCAGCCUACCAUCUGGACAGGCAACCAACACUCCUGUACACAAGCGCACAGUCUCGCUGCCUAUGCUUGAUGACUUCAAUGGCGGCGGCGGCGACCCGAUGAUGCCAGACUCCUCACUCAUUUCGCGCAGAGCCUUUGAGCUCACAGAGACCCUUUCGCCCUUCGAGGAUCAACAGUCAGCCAAUCAGUCCCCACAGCCUGAGCGUCUCGUCAUCCCCCGCGUCAUCGCCCGUCAAGCAGGGCCAGUUCAUCUACCUCAGCAGGGCUUCUAUCGAGGGGCGAAAGACCACCGUCACGGGAUGGCGCUGACUCCGAUCAGCAGCAGAUUGCAGCAUCCUCCAAGCCUUCAGAACCUGCUCCCGAGGACCCGACAAGAUCAGUAUAGCGCAGCUGAGGCGCAACGUCAGCGCCUGCAGGUGUACAGGAUCCCGUCUACGGCUAUCAUCGCCCCGAGGAAGGUAUAUGAGCAGCGCCGUCACGCCUCAGAGACUCUCUCUGUGGGCGUUGAUCAUUCGCCCUCCCUCUAUUCCGAGAUCGCAGGCUUCCCUAGCUCACUUGACGACGACGACGAUCGCCAUGCGUUCGGCUUCCCACCUCGCAGUCGACGCUGUGAAGCUACACCACCGCAUACACACAGCCAAGCCUUCUCCCUCGGCGCAGCUUCAGCACUGGAGGCCUUCCUUGCCUCAACGGCAUCGCAUGCGAGCUUUGAUGUGGGCAAUGGGAUGACGAGGACCUCCUCCGAGGCCAUGCCCACAGCGUGGCAGCACUUCUCCGCCGAUGACGAUGGCGAACAGGAGAUUCGAGUUGCCAAGGAAGACCAUACCAAGGCGAGAGAGACCAGUGGCACGAGGCAGCCGACGACCAGCGCAUCUGCCAACAGCGGCGUGAAGAUCACGAAGACGAUCACUACCACCUCGACCCGUGCUCCAAGCCUACGCAAGGUACCCAGCACGACGCCUGAGCAGCAACACCUCAGACCGGAAGAUCCCUUCUCCCUAGACGAAAGCACCAUGACCUUCUGGCUCGAAAGCGAGCGCAGCUUAGCCAGCAUCGAGGCGCCUGCACCCACCCUCGCCUCCGCCGAUCCCUUUGACACGUCCUUUCAAUCAACGCAGCAUUCCAGGCGACUACGACGUCGCCCGCUCUCACCCGUUCAUUCGCAAUACUCGUGGGUCGCAGUCUACACCUCCGGCUCGGAUGAAGGCCGUGCCUCUCGCUCGGAUCUGUCGGCUAGCCUGUCCCACCUCGACGGACAGGAGCGCGAGCGAGAGGACGAAGGCGAAGAGUCACGCCUCGCGCGUCACAUCCUCUGCCAUUGGUCCCCUACGCAAGACCACAGUGUCAGUACCUUUGCGAGUAACACCGGGCGCAGCAGCGUGAGCGCCAACAGCCCCCGCAUCCCAGACCGAAGGAGCAGCAUCUGUACCGCACCUGCGCCUACGCCCGUGGGUUCGUUCAACGAUCCUCGCGGCAGCGUGAGCGGCGAACCGGAUGAGUCCUUCGCUGCCGGUGAUAGAAGAGUAAGCUACUGGUGCCCGACCCAGGAUGUCCUCGAGGACUAUCUGAAUGAGUCGCAGAGGGCCAUCCUGAUCGAUCGCUAGGCUGCGAGCCAAACGGUCGAGGCUUCAAUUGUAACACACCACCACACGCCACUUUCUUUCCUUGUCUAGAUUCGCUGCCCCAUCCUUCGCCGUGGCAUACACACCCACACGCCGCACACACACGCGCACGCAACUUCAUCUAUACCCUCUCUCGAUCAUAGUGUAGCUAGUCAGCAAUGCCUCGUUCUUCUCUCAGGUCAUGCCCUCAAAAGCGCGUGUGCUGCCGUGCCAAAUGACGUUGGUGAUUGCCAAGUGGA